UUGUACGGAACGUUUGAAAAACACAGCGGAAAACACACGGAAAGCUAUCCCGGUUACACCAAAUUAAACGAGAGCGCCUUUUUUUUAUAUCCGCUUUAAUAUUAUUGAUUUUUAGGCAAGCUUUGCGGAUAAUUGGAAAAAGAAGUGAUGGAGAGUUUAGAGGAGACACGGACGCGGUUCUGUGAGCAGUUUGCAACCGUCACCGGGUCGGACAGCGCCGUGGCUCAGUGUUUCCUCGCUGAAAACGACUGGGACAUGGAGAGAGCCUUGAAUUCUUUUUUCGAGGCGGAUAUGGAGUCAGUUUUUGACGUCGAGGACACCGAGGAGGAACCUAACAAACUUUCAGGCAAAAGAAAGGAGACAGAAGAAGAUGCUCCAGAGGCUAAAAGGAAGAUGAAUUGUAAACCAGCAGAAUGUAUCGACUUGACCGAGGACGAACCCACUUGCUCCGAUUCUAAGCCCGGCCGGGAAGAGGAAGAUGACGGAAAACUCUCGCUCAUCUCCUGGAACGUGGACGGCUUGGACACGCUGAACCUCUCAGAACGAGCCAGAGGCCUGUGCUCUUACCUGGCGCUAUACACACCAGACGUUGUGUUCCUGCAAGAACUUAACCCUCAGUACCUCCAGUAUCUUAAGAAGCGGGCCGUCAGCUACCACAUCGUAGAAGGAAACGAGGAAGGCUAUUUCAUCGCCCUGAUGAUGAAGAAAUCACGAGUGAAGCUGCAGAGCAGCGAGACGAUUCCUUACCUGACGACACAGAUGAUGCGAAAUCUGUUGUGCGCCAGAGUGAGUUUUUUCGGUCGGGAGCUCUGCCUGAUGACCUCGCACUUGGAGAGUUGUAAAGAUCAGGCUGCCGAGAGGAUGAAGCAGCUCAAGGUGGUGUUUCAGAGGAUGAAAGAGGAGCCGGAGAACACGACCGUCAUUUUCGGAGGCGACACCAACCUUCGAGACUCUGAGGUCAAACAAGUGGGUGGUCUGCCUCCCGGAGUGAUCGACGUCUGGGAGGAGCUCGGCAAACAAGAGCACCUCAGAUACACGUGGGACACUAAAACGAACAGCAACAAAGGCGUGCCGUAUAUCAGCCGCUGUCGCUUCGACCGGAUUUACCUCAGACCUGGCAACACUGGGGUGAAAAUGAGUCCGGAGCACAUGGCGCUGGUCGGUAUGGAGAAGCUCGACUGUGGCCAAUACACCAGCGAUCACUGGGGAAUCUACUGCAGUUUUAAAACUUGAGCCUGGGGGGUACGACUGCAUGCAUGCGUAUAGUCUGGAAGUCUAGACUUGUUUUUCCCUGGAUUUUCCCUUCAUUGUGACGUGAUCAAAGCGUAAUACAUGACUGUUUCAUCACAAUCGCAACAGUUGCUUAAUAACCUGUUUUGUCAUGGUUUCAGAAUGAUUUUUAUUCAUUUUUAAUGUGCACUCGCCCCAUGUUUCGCAGUCACGCUACCUCUUUCAUGUAGGUUAUUAUUUCCUAAGCCUUAUGGCUCAUAAUUAUACACCAAUCCGUUUUUGUCUAGACGACUAUGUCGACUGAAUCACACCAGUAUAUUUCAUCAUUACCAAUGGAAGUGUUUGAAUUGCACCAGUUCACCAUUAUCCUGUUAGUUAUUUUAAUCUUGUGUGUAUAUAUAAUUGUAUAAACAUUUAAUAAACUAUAUGAAUCUUU